CGUGGUGUUCCAGUUUUCCGACUCCUGAAGAGACACGGGCGCCUGUCAUCCGUUAACCACCCGAGCAUCUCUGGCAUCCAAACGCAGUUUCUAACCAGAACAGUCAUUGGACUCAUCGUUUAAGUGGUAUACAAUGCCACAAAGCUUCUUUGCCGUCACAUCGACUGAUAUUGUAAAACUUUAAAUGCUCUUGUUAUGGCUAUCUGAAAGGUUCUUGCGGCAGUUAUACGUGCUACCUGAAGCGUAUAUGAAACAUUUUUGGCUGACAUCUCUCGGAGUCAUCUCUCUUUUAAAAAAUGACCGGGGAUUGUGAGACUUCCAUGUCGGCGAUGUUGUUUUCCAUCUUAAUCGAUACCUGAGACCAGGGGUCAAGAGUUAAGAAUUUGCAUUUGGCGUGGAUCGUUUGCAGAUCAUUAAAACAGAUCAAACUUUUAUCACGUAUUACACGGAUUAUUAAAGAUGAGACACUUAUUUUGACUAUCACAGUGGGAUAAAGUACAGCGCAUCAUCACCGCACCUUCAGGAUGUUCCGGCGAGGCUGUGGUCUGGAGUUUCUCCUGGUGCUGUGUGGUUUAGAGUUGACCCAGGCGUGUCCCCGUCACUGCAUCUGCUACGACUCUCCCAGCACGGUUAGCUGCCAGGCUCACAACUUCCUGGUGGUUCCAGAGGAAAUCCCGGCUCAGAGCGAGCGCGUCUUUCUGCAAAACAACAAGAUCCAGCGACUGCUACAGGGCCAUUUCAGCCCCACCACAGUCAUGCUUUGGCUCUACUCCAACAAUAUCUCAUACAUCCAGCCCUCCACAUUCAUGGGCUUCACCCGCCUGGAGGAGCUCGAUCUGGGGGACAACAAACACCUCCGCUCUCUGGCUUCUGACACUUUUCAGGGCCUGACCCGACUCCAUGCUCUGCACCUCUACCACUGUGGCCUAAUCACUCUGCCUGCUGGCUUGUUUGAGGGGCUGCACAACCUGCAGUACCUCUAUUUACAGAACAACCAGCUGGAGUUUCUUGAGGAUGACAUGUUCAUUGAUCUUCUGAAUCUGAGCCAUUUAUUUCUGCAUGGAAAUCGGCUGUGGAGCCUCCACCAGAACACUUUCCGUGGCCUGGGGGUCCUUGAUCGUUUACUGCUCCAUCAAAACCGACUCCAGUGGAUACACAAACAAGCUUUCCACGACCUGCGCCGCCUGACGACUCUCUACCUGUUUAACAACUCCUUACCUGAACUUCCAGCCGAAAGCUUGGCUCAGCUGCCAGCGCUGGAGUACCUGCGUCUCAACGACAACCCUUGGGAGUGUGACUGCAAGGCCGUGCCACUCUGGGAUUGGUUGCGGCGCUUCCGUGGCUCCACCUCCUCGUUAAUAUGCGUGGCUCCACCGGAGCUGGCGGGCAAGGAUCUGAAACGGUUGACGAAAGAAGAGCUGCCUUCCUGUACGGGCUCGGAGUCGCUCCACCAGAGCAAAUCCAGUCAGGGGGACGUAGGGGUGUCGCUGAAGAAAGAUCAUCAUCAUCGAUCGCGUAAUCAUCAUCAUCAUCAUCCUCACCUGCCACAUCAGGAUCAAUACUACCCCACCUCCCCAUCGCCGCUCCCUCGACCACCCAAAUCGGGACGCAACAGGAACUGCACAAGGCAUCGAAGCCGCAAGGGAAAUGCUCAGAAUGAGGUGUAUACCCUAAAGGAGUUAGCCAACAAGGAAUCGGACCCGUCAAAACCGAGACGAAAGAACAAAUGCAUCCCACGGACUUCGGUGGGUCCCCCUAGUGGCGUGCAAAGAGUGAACAGCAGGGCGGCGUCCCUCUUGGCACCUUGUUUCAUCAUCACUCUUUGCUUAUUGGUGUGUCUCACUGCCCUUAUUUUCCGCUGAGCCUCGUGGAAGCCUCUACUAAUUGUUUUACGGAACAACUCAGCCCUCUGUCUACUCUGGCUCCUACACUUCAGUGUGUGUGUGUGUGUGUGUGUGUGUGUGUGCGUUUGUGUGUACAUGUGUAUGACAGUGAGCCCCUUUCGAGGGACAGAGGACUUGUGCGAAGUUGCAGGCCUGGAAUUAAACCGGAGAUGGGAAGAAACUCUGGGAUUUGUGGGCGAGAGACGGAGAGACGGGACACUAAAUGGACUACUCCUCCAUCAUCACCAUUUCCUGUUGCUCCUGUUAGACCAGGGCAUAUUCAAUAACAACAACAAAAAAAACAUUUGUAUUUGUUAAUUACAUUCAGUUGUACAUCACACCUCUGCAGAAUAAUUAGCAGCUCAUUGUGGUCAAGCUCAUCUCCAUUAAAACCUCCGAAUCCCUAUCUUAACCUUCAACCAGGCUGCAGCCCAGCGGGGGGAAAGAGUGUGAAUGAAAUACAUAAACCCACCAUUUACACAAAUGUACAAAGGGGCUGCUUCGCUAACCUGUUAGCAUCUCAGCAGUUUCUGUGGGAGGGUUGUUGUUAACACCUUUAGCACCUGACAACAUGAAAAUGAAAGCCAAGCACACAA